CUCUCUCGCCUAUCGCCUUUCGCCUGUCCCAACCCCCUUCUCUCUCCUCUCGCCCCCAAACACUCACCAUUGUCACUUCAUCCGGUCCAACUCCGGCCCGAUAUAUCAUCUCUUUAAACGAUUCCAUGGCCAGGGACCAUAGUCCAUACCCUGCAAUCAUUGAAUUCUAUGAUACCGCAGUCCUACCGGGCAUCUUGUCAAAGAGCUCACAGGCAGAAUGCAAAUUCCCAUUUCUCCGAUACCCUGAAAUCAUAGUUUUCCAGGAGAAGGAAUUCUUAUGAUUCAUGGCAUCAAAGAGCUCUCUCGCUUUCUCCAAGCUCCCACACUUGCAGUACAUGUCAACCAUGGCUGUCUCCACAAAGCAAUUAGGCUUCACCCCACAUUGAUCAAUGAACCCAAUGAUUCAUUCAGCAAGCUCGGGGUCACCAGGCUUCGAGCACGCAAAUGCCACAGUGGCCAAAGUGGUCUCAUCAGGCGUAAUGGCGGUGCAUAAAGAAGAGCUGGACUAUGUUUUGGUACCCAUGGGCCUCUUUCUCAUGGUGGCCUAUCACGCCUGGCUUUUCUAUCGCGUUAUGAAGCACCCAAACACAACUGUUAUGGGCAUCAACUCCGCCAAUAGGCUCAUCUGGGCUCGUACCAUGAUGCAGGACCCAGGGAAGACUGGGGUGCUCGCUGUUCAAACCCUUCGGAAUAAUAUAAUGGCGUCGACCCUAUUGGCAUCGACGGCCAUCAUGCUCAGCUCCCUCAUCGCCAUUCUUAUAUCCGGCAGCAAUGGCGUCUCCAACAACGACAACAAGCAGGGUGGUCUUGGUGGUCCGCUGGUCUAUGGAGGCAGGAGCUCCCUCCUCUCCUCUAUCAAAAUCUUCUUGAUCAUCCUCUGCUUUCUCUCUGCUUUCCUAUUCAACGUCCAGUCCAUUAGGUAUUAUUCUCACGCAAGCAUUCUGAUCAAUGUGCCGCUCAAGGCGUGCCCCCACCCAGCACCACUCACAACCGAGUACGUGGGGCGGGCCCUCAACAGGGGGAGCUUGUUUUGGUCACUGGGACUGAGGGCAUUCUACUUCUCUUUCCCCCUCUUCUUGUGGAUGUUUGGACCGAUUCCAAUGUUCCUCUCGUGUGUAAUGUUGGUUUUCUUGUCCUACUUCCUUGAUGUCUGCUUUGAUCUCAGGGUGUGCAACAUUGAGGAGGAGGAGGUUGUUGUUGUUGAAGAAAGGGACAGUAUAGUUUAGGGACAACACCUUUCUGGAUUCUGUCUCAAUAUUCAAUCCAAGUUGAAUCAGUUGAGAUUGAGUUUCUUGUGUGUAUUGUUUCGUUUGUUGUCAUUUUAUAUUUACUUUCUAUCGUUCUCGAAGAACAGGGCAGGCAAUAGAGUAUAGGGUUAAUUAUUAUUUUUGAUAUGUCAAUGGUGAGAAUGGAUGGUGGGACGUAAAGUUGAGGCAUCAGCCCCCCAGCCACCGAUGCCCCUGUGUCAGGAUUCAACCCAAGUUGAAUCGAGAUAGGGCUUCUUGUGUGCAGCUUUAUGUUUGUUGUCAUUUUAGAUUUCCCUUGUACUAGUCUCUAAGGGCUUCUUACUUAGCAAUUGGUAAAAGGUAAAUUUUAAUAUAAAAUACAGUUUGAGUCU